CGCCAAGGCGUAGAGGUCACCCUUGGGAGGUUUCGGCGAAACCUGGUGGUCAGGAACCGGCGCCUUAGGAGACAGAUCAGUUCAGCCUGACUUUUGUUUCGGGGAGUUGAGGCGAGCUGUUCAGACAUAAUUGUAAUUACACUACCCUUCCAGCGUGGAUAGCUCGCUCCGAUCGCCCAGGGAAAAGAGUUUAAUGGACUCGGGAAGUGAUGGUGUUAGAUGGAAUCUGCAGCACGUGAAGAGUUGCCAGUUGUUAUGGGAUUAAAAAAAAAAAGUCUAUAAUGGCUAAAGGGUAAAGUCUUGAAAAUGAAGAGCCCUCAGGAUAUGAUACUGCUCUGGGCAUAAGAGGUACUCAUUGCUCCUGAGUUGGUUACUGCUGUUACACCUUUUCAGUGGAUAAAGGUUGUUCUAUGAUGAGGCUUUUGCUAUGGCUAAUGACCCCUUGGAAGGCUUCCAUGAAGUGAACCUUGCUUCACCUACUUCUCCAGACCUUCUUGCUGUGUAUGAACCGGGAACUCAAGAGCAGACUACCUCACCUAGUGUCAUCUACCGGCCACAUCCUUCAGCUUUGUGCUCCACCCCUAUCCAGGCUAAUGCCUUAGAUGUUUCUGACCUUCCUACACAACCUGUGUAUUCCUCCCCCAGACGCUUAAAUUGUGCGGAAAUAUCCAGUGGCAGCAUCCAUGGUACAGAUCCAGCACCUUGUUCUACCUCUGGAGUCGCAGCUGGGUUACUUAAAUUAACUACGAGAAAGGACCACUGUAGUGCAGAGAGGGAGUUUUUACAGGGUGCUACUCUAACAGAGGCCUGUGACGGCAGUGAGGAUAUUUUUGGGUUGAGCACUGAUAGUCUGUCCCGCUUACGAAGCCCAUCUGUUUUGGAAGUCAGAGAAAAGGGCUAUGAAAGAUUAAAAGAAGAACUUGCAAAAGCUCAGAGGGAACUGAAGUUAAAAGAUGAAGAGUGUGAGAGGCUUUCUAAAGUACGAGAUCAACUUGGACAGGAGUUGGAGGAACUCACAGCUAGUCUAUUUGAGGAAGCUCAUAAGAUGGUGAGAGAAGCAAAUGUCAAGCAGGCAACAGCAGAAAAACAACUAAAAGAAGCACAAGGAAAAAUUGAUGUACUUCAAGCUGAAGUAGCGGCAUUGAAGACACUUGUAUUGUCCAGUUCUCCAACAUCACCUACGCAAGAGCCUCUGCCAGGUGGAAAGGCACAUUUUAAAAAGGGGCAUACAAGAAAUAAAAGUACAAGCAGUGCUAUGAGUGGCAGUCAUCAGGACCUCAGUGUGAUACAGCCAAUUGUAAAGGACUGCAAAGAGGCUGACUUAUCCCUGUAUAAUGAAUUCAGAUCUUGGAAGGAUGAGCCCACAAUGGACAGAACGUGUCCUUUCUUAGACAAAAUCUAUCAGGAAGAUAUCUUUCCUUGUCUAACCUUCUCAAAAAGUGAGUUGGCUUCAGCUGUUCUGGAGGCUGUGGAGAACAACACGUUAAGCAUUGAACCAGUGGGAUUACAACCUGUUCGAUUCGUGAAAGCAUCUGCAGUUGAAUGUGGAGGACCAAAAAAAUGUGCCCUCACAGGUCAGAGCAAGUCCUGUAAACACAGAAUUAAACUAGGGGACUCAAGCAACUACUAUUAUAUUUCUCCUUUUUGCAGAUACAGGAUCACGUCUGUCUGUAACUUUUUCACAUACAUUCGGUACAUUCAGCAGGGACUUGUGAAACAGCAAGAUGUUGACCAAAUCUUUUGGGAAAUUAUGCAGUUGAGAAAAGAGAUGUCAUUGGCAAAGCUGGGCUAUUUCAAAGAGGAACUCUGAUGUUCUGCCUGGGACCAUCCAUGAACCUCCCUGAAGACAUGGAAAAUGGCUGAAUAUUUUUACGGUUACUUGAUAUUUAUUUCCAAGGAGCGGGUCCAAGACUUUUUCCCUCUUUUGCAGAUUAUACUAAGAAGUACUGUGAUUUCUUUUUAAACUGACCUAUGCUGUGUUUGCUUAUUAUUUAGUUGAACACACUAUAAAGAAUUACAGGUGUACUAGUGAUUGUAAUUUAUAGUUGCAAAAAAUAGCUAAAUAAAUAAAUGUUAAACUGA